AUGUCAACUACAACGUCUGUAUACUCUCUGUAUAACUCCACUAGUGCGGCUGUAGAGACAACAACCAUUCGAGCCUCAGAUGCCGAUCUCAAUCUUAAGAGGGAAAACGAAAAUUCGAAAAAUGCGAAUGCAAAAAUUGCGACUGCUUGCAGUUGUGUGUUGCUUGCAGUUCUGAUUAUAACGUUGAUUGUGUACUACAAACGAGCUCAAUGUCGUCGUUACACGUGCCAGAAGAAACCAACAGAACAACAAGAAGAAGAUCACUAUUACAGCACCAUCGAUUGUGAUCGUUUACGUUCAACAACAUUUCGUAAGGUCAGCGUUGCCGUACAGCAAGAGAACGACUACCUAGAACCGCAACCUUUGACUCGUAAUGGGUCGUACGAGAGAGAUGAUAGACAAGAACAACUGUAUGCUGAGACGUACGAGAUGUUGGAAGCGUACGGUACGAAACCGACGGCGAACGAUUACUCUCGUCCUAGAGGUGCUUUGGGUAGUGGUUUGCAGGACGCGAUGGUUGACACGAUUGAAGAGAACUUAUACUGGGAGCCGGCCACGACAGUUGAAACACUCUACGCACAACUCGACGAGACAUCAAUGUUUGUUCACAUUGAAAGAUCAUCGCUUGCACUCAAUGAAGAGAUAGGCUCCGGACAGUUUGGGAGUGUGUCAAGAGCUACAUGGACGGUAGGAAUGACUCAAUAA